AUGACAACGAAUAAAACACAAUGUUUUCUUUGUGAAAAACCCAAAUUCACAUAUUCUUGUCGAGGUUGUUCAAAUGAAUUCUGUUUUGACGAUUUAACGAAACAUCGACAAGAUUUGACUGAAGAAUUCAACACGAUUAUCAAUAAUUAUGAUCAAUUCAGAGAAAAUCUUCAACAAACAAAAACAAAUCCACAAAACUCUUCUCUCUUCAUUCAAAUUGAUCAAUGGGAAAAGAAUUCGAUCGAAAUUAUUCGACAAACAUUACUCAAAGAAAAUAAAGAAUUUCUUGUCGAUAUUGAAGAGAAAUCACCAAAGAAUUCAACGAUUCAUCGGAAAUCUUUCUUAAACAAGGCUCGCAAACAUUUAUCAAGAGAAUCUCAGUGCAAUCAACAAGAAAAUUAA